AUGAGCACAUUACUCUACAACACAGUGGACAGGCUGGAUCGCCCCAGUGCCUAUUACGUGGGAAAGUCAUUGACUUGUUUCGGUUUGCAGAAGAAGCGCAGAUACCAGGAAGAACAGGAGGAGCAGGAGGAUCCCAAUGCCAAGCUUAGAGGUGCGACCACGCUCUACGUCGGUAAUCUUUCGUUCUAUACGACCGAGGAGCAGAUUCAUGAACUUUUCUCGAAAUGCGGUGAAGUUAAACGAUUGGUGAUGGGUCUCGACCGAUUCAACAAAACGCCCUGCGGUUUCUGCUUUGUGGAAUACUACACUCACCAGGACGCUUUGGACUGUUUGAAGUACGUGGGAGGUACCAAGCUUGACGAGAGAAUUAUCCGGACGGAUCUAGACCCUGGGUUUGAAGAGGGACGGCAGUAUGGCCGGGGCAAGUCUGGUGGACAGGUCCGUGAUGAAUACAGAGAAGAAUACGACCCCGGCCGCGGAGGCUAUGGUCGGGCCUAUGCCGACGACCAACGACAACGAGAGGAAGAGGAGUACGGGCAAGGUAGGUGA